AUCCAUCCACGGGUGGUCUGUUUGAUUAGGUUCCCUCUCUUCUCCGCGCAUGCGUGCGGGGUCGAAAGGUAGGGUUCAUACCCCAAAGUUUGUCAUUGGGGACAACACCAGCGGCGGCGAUGGACUACACCAACGCCAUCCACAUCAUCCCACCCAUGGCCUCCGACGCACGGACCAACGCGGCGGCGUCCCCGGGCGAGGACCCCGACAUCUGGGCCACCGAGAAAGACUACCGCCAGUGGAGUGCCGACCAGGGCUACAAUGACCGGAACCCCUCCUCGCGGACGGGGAGCGAGCAGCCGCUGCCUGGUAAGAAGGCUCACGGCGGGGGCGGCAGCAGCGAUGGUGGCGGCGGGAGCAGCACAAGCAAGUCAGCGCCAUCGCAAGAUGUUCUUCAAGACCAAGCUCUGUUGCAAGUUCUGGGCCAGGACCUGCCCCUACGUCACCAAUUGCAACUUCGCCCAUGGCAUGGAGGAGCUCUGCAAGCCGCCGCCCAACUGGCAGGAGAUUGUGGCCACCCACGAGGAUGCCACCACGAAGCAGGGAGAGGAGCACCAGAUCCCCAUUAUGACAUCCAGAAGUGUCAUCGCUGGAGACGAUGGCGGCGGCGGCAGGGCAUACAAGGGUCGCCACUGCAAGAAGUUCUACACUGAAGAGGGCUGCCCCUAUGGCGACACAUGCACCUUCCUGCACGAUGAGCAGUCCAAGGCACGGGAGAGCGUCGCCAUCAGUCUCUUGCCGACGAUUGGUGGUGGCGGAUACAAUGCUGCCUCUGCCAGCGGAUCGAUGGCGCAAAAUUCUUCCAAUUGGAAGACAAGGAUCUGUAACAAGUGGGAGAUGACUGGAUACUGUCCGUUUGGGAGCAAAUGCCACUUUGCUCAUGGAUCUACUGUAAUACCCAAUUUGUAAACAAUCUAAAGAGAGUAGAUCUCAUUAUGUGUUUUUGCC